ACGACGAUAAAUGUGUUGUCGGUAAUUUUUGACACGUAUAUAAUUGAAAAUACAAUAAAUAAUUUGUAUUAAAAAGAUUAUUAAUUUAAUUAACAUUUAGAUUUAAAUAAAUAUAAUUUAGAAACAUGGCAGCAGUCGAGCAGCCGUGUUACACUAUAAUCAAUUCACCAUCGGACACAGAACCGUACAAUGAUAUGCAAUUAAAAUCUGAUUUGGAAAAAGGCGAUGUGAAAGUGAAAAUUGAAGCUUUGAAGAAAACAAUACACAUGAUUUUAUCGGGAGAGCGAUUACCUCCAGGUCUUUUAAUGAUAAUAAUUCGAUUUGUUUUACCCAUUCCUGAUCAUACAUUAAAAAAAUUAUUGUUAAUAUUUUGGGAAAUUGUUCCUAAAACAUCACCUGAUGGUAAACUACUUCAGGAAAUGAUUUUGGUUUGUGAUGCAUAUCGAAAGGAUUUACAACAUCCAAAUGAAUUUGUACGAGGUUCCACAUUACGUUUUCUAUGUAAAUUAAAAGAACCAGAAUUAAUUGAACCAUUAAUGCCCCCAAUACGGACAUGUUUAGAGCAUCGACAUUCGUAUGUUCGUAGAAAUGCUGUUCUUGCUAUUUUUACGAUUUAUAGGAAUUUUGAGUUCUUAAUUCCUGAUGCCCCAGAAUUAAUUGCUAAUUACUUGGAUGGUGAACAAGAUAUGUCUUGUAAACGAAAUGCAUUUUUAAUGCUUUUACAUGCGGAUCAAGAUCGCGCUUUGGCCUAUUUGGCUUCUUGUUUGGAUCAAGUUAAUUCAUUUGGCGAUAUUCUACAGUUAGUUAUUGUAGAAUUAAUUUACAAAGUUUGUCAUGCAAAUCCAAACGAAAGAUCUCGAUUCAUCCGCUGCAUUUAUAAUUUGUUGAAUUCGAGUAGUCCAGCUGUACGAUACGAAGCAGCUGGAACAUUGGUGACUUUGUCCAAUGCACCAGCAGCAGUUAAGGCCGCUGCAAGUUGUUACAUCGAACUUGUUGUAAAAGAAAGUGACAACAAUGUAAAAUUAAUUGUAUUGGAUCGAUUAAUCGCUCUACGAGAAUCACCUACAACUGAGCGUGUAUUGCAAGAUCUUGCCAUGGAUGUAUUACGAGCAUUAGCCUGUCCAGAUUUAGAAGUUCGUCGUAAAACUUUAAAUUUGGCAAUGGAUUUAGUAUCGUCUCGAAAUAUCGAAGAGAUGGUCUUGGUUUUAAAAAAAGAAGUUGCGAAAACGCAUAAUGUCGAACAUGAGGAUACUGGAAAAUACCGUCAAUUAUUAGUUCGAACUCUUCAUAUGUGCUGUAUUAAGUUUCCAGAUGUAGCUGCAACAGUUAUUCCAGUAUUGAUUGAAUUUUUAUCCGAUUCAAAUGAGUUAGCGGCCGCUGAUGUUUUAAUCUUCGCAAGAGAAGCUAUUCAGAAAUUUGAAAAUCUUCGUCCACUCAUUAUUGAGAAUCUUUUGGAUGCCUUCAGUGGUAUUAAAACAUCAACUAUACAUCGAUCAGCGUUAUGGAUUCUUGGAGAAUAUGCAAAUACGUUACAAGAUAUUACAGCCACGAUGAGUAAAAUACAUUUAGGACUGGGAGAGAUACCUUUGGUGGAAGCAGAAAUGAAGCUUGUAGCUGGUGAAAAAUCUGAAAAUGAGGAAUCAGCUACUCCAAUGACUCCAAUAAAAAAAGUCACAUCCGAUGGAACAUACGCCUCUCAAUCCGCAUUUAACACUGUUACUUCCAAAAAAGAUAUAGAAAAUCGUCCCAAAUUAAGAGGAUAUUUAAUGAAUGGGGAUUUCUUUAUUGCAACGGCUAUUGGAUCAAAUUUAACAAAAUUAGCUGUGCGCUACAUCAAUCUAGUGCCAGAUCCAAAGAAACAUAAUGCAUUUUGUACAGAAGCAAUGUUGAUAAUAUCUUCGAUGCUUCAUUUAGGAAAAUCAGGUCUACCAUCCAAACCAUUAACAAAUGACGACGCUACACAGCUUUAUCUAUGUCUUCGCUUGCUAUCUGAACGCAAAUCCGAAAUCGUAAACAUAUUCAGCAAAGAAUGUCGUGAAGCAUUAAGUACGAUGCUUGCUGCCAACGAAGAAGAAGAUGUAACUACACAAAAAGCUAAAGAAAAGAAUGCCCAAAUUAUACAACCCGAUGAUCCAAUAUUAUUCUUACAAUUAAGCGCCGGAAGAAAUGAUUUAGGCGGUGAAAAUGUAUUUGAAGCAUCGUUAACGAAGGCUUUGAUUGGAGGCCAUACACCAGGACAAGGAACCGCUUCAGAAAUUACUGCAUCUAGCAGUAAAUUAAAUAAAGUUCAACAACUUACUGGAUUCUCAGAUCCAGUGUACGCUGAAGCAUAUGUCCAUGUUAAUCAAUAUGACAUUAUUUUAGAUGUUUUAAUUGUGAAUCAGACAAGUGAUACGUUACAAAAUUGUACAUUAGAACUAGCCACACUUGGGGAUCUUAAAUUAGUUGAAAAACCCCAACCUGUUGUAUUGGCGCCUCAUGAUUUUUGUAAUAUUAAAGCAAAUGUUAAAGUUGCCUCAACAGAAAAUGGUUUAAUAUUUGGAAAUAUUGUUUAUGAUGUAACUGGUGCAGCAUCUGAUCGAAAUGUUGUGGUAUUAAAUGAUAUACCCAUUGAUAUCAUGGACUAUAUAAUGCCAGCUAGUUGUAACGAUAGUGAAUUCCGAAAAAUGUGGGCUGAAUUUGAAUGGGAGAACAAAGUAUCAGUGAACACAACAAUUACAGAUUUAUCCGAAUAUUUACAGUAUCUUUUGAAAAGUAUUAACAUGAAAUGUUUAACACCGGAAAAGGCAUUAUCUGGUCAGUGUGGAUUCCUUGCAGCAAAUAUGUAUGCAAGAUCAAUUUUUGGUGAAGAUGCAUUAGCUAAUCUCAGUAUUGAAAAGUCGAUUAGCAACCCAGAUAGUCCAGUUGUCGGCCAUAUUAGAAUACGUGCUAAGAGUCAAGGAAUGGCCCUAAGUUUAGGUGAGAAAGUCAACAAGUCACAGAAAAAGGGUACACGAAGUAAAGUAUGUUCUGCUUAAAUAUAAAUAUUGCAUUUUUUAUAUAUAAUUUGGUUUUCCUUAAAAUA